CAGCACAUUAUCUGUUUUGGCACAGCCCCUUUAGCAGAUACUGGAGUAGACUGAAACUCUUGAGUGCUUCCUUGUGCUCUUCACUGUCGUCCUUCCACUGCACACCCAUAGAGCUGCACUGGACAAAUCGCAGCCAUGAGUGAGUUUGAAGACAUCUGGAAUUUUUUCGAUCAGUAUGGUAACACCACUGAUGGGAAUUAUGUGGUCAGUGAUACUGUCAUGCUCUGUUCGAAGAGCGAUGUCAAUGAGUUUGGCGCGAGAUUCAUCCCAAUUUUCUACUAUACCAACUUCAUCCUGAGUUACAUCGGCAACGGGCUUGUCCUCUUCAUCAUCUACAAGUAUGAGAAGCUGAACACGGUGACAAACAUCUUCCUCCUGAAUUUGGUCCUCUCCAACAUUCUCUUUGCCUCCAGUCUGCCCUUCUGGGCGAUGUACCAUCAGUCUGAGUGGAUUUUUGGCUUGGUUCUGUGUAAGAUAGUCAGCAGUGCUUACUUCAUUGGCUUCUACAGCUCCAUCCUCUUUCUCACACUUAUGACAUUUGACCGAUACCUUGUAGUGGUGCAUGCAGUGGCAGCUGCCAAGAGCAGGAAAAGGGUAUACGCCAUCAUUGCAUCUGUGGUGGUUUGGUGCAUCAGUUUUCUAGCAAGUGUGAAAGAGCUCAUUCUCCAAAAUGUGUGGACAAGCCCGUCCGACGGAAUCAUGUGUGAGGAGCUAGGAUACCCAGAGGAGACCAUGGAGCGCUGGCGUCUGGUCACUUACUACCAACAGUUCCUGCUCUUCUUCCUUCUCCCUCUGUUCAUGGUGAUGUACUGCUACAUCACCAUCACCGUCCGCAUCUUGUCCACCCGCAUGAAGGAGAAGUGCCGCUCCAUCAAGCUCAUCUUUGUCAUCAUCUUCACCUUCUUCGCCUGCUGGACGCCCUACAACAUCGUCAUCCUCCUUCGAGCCAUUCAGAUCUCGAGCACCAGCAAAAAUGACAACUCAUGUUCCAGCUCCAGCUUGGACUAUGCACUGUAUGUGACCCGGAACAUAGCCUAUUUGUAUUGCUGCAUCAGUCCCAUGUUUUACACGUUCGUGGGAAAGAAGUUCCAGAGCCACUUCAGAAGGCUGGUGGCAAAGAACAUCCCCUGUCUGAAGAGACACAUUAGUCUCAGCAGCCAGAGCACCAGAACCACAUCACAGAGGACACCACACUCUGACUACUAGACACACACACACAUACAAACAACGAUACUGUAAAAAAUGCCAAUUUAUAUUCUUUAGUAUAUAUAAUUACAAGUUAUAUAUAUUACAACAAAAAAACAACCAACACAUUAUUUUCACUUUAACAAAAGUUAGUCCUGAUAACAAAACAUCUGCUUCUCACAUUCAGACUGUUACUGUUAGAAGAUGGAGGCUUGUUGUGUGUCUUUUUGUACAUGGAUUCUUGCAAAUGCCAUUAGGAGCACUUUGAGAAACCUGAUUUUUUUCACAGAUUAUAUGUAUCUAUGUACUACUGUCAGGAUAAUGAAAGUUUCAGCAAAUAUGACAAAGUUAUUUUCAUAAAAGUUAUCUACUGCAGCUUUAAGGUUAGGACGAGUGUUAUUCUAUUCGUUAGGUAUAUACUUUUCAUGUUGUCAAUGAAUCCCAUGAAAAGACCAAAACCAACAAUGUGUUAGUCUGUCUCUCAGUAAUUUCUGGCUCAGUACCCGAAGAGUGGCCCUCAGUCCCAAGCCCACUGGUUCCUACCAACAGCUCACAAAUAAAUAGUUUCAUUUUCAAAAGACUUAAAAGGGCAUUAAGUGGCAUCUGGCAGUGUAGUUGCAGAUUGCAGUGAAGGACACAGAAGUUUAUGUAAACUUAAAGGUUGCUUUUUUUGAGGAACUUUAAGUGGUAUGUAGUAAUAUGUGGAGCUAAAUGAUUAUUUACUUGUUGAUUCAAUGUUGUAAAGUGCAUGUUUGUAGCAAUGUGAUGCAUUGACACAUCUUGUCCAAGUGCUUUUAAAAUAAACUGUAUCUUAAUCUUGCAAUAAAUAUACCAGUCACUGUUCUUGA